AUGUGGAGACGACUUGCCGGCGCCUCAGUCCUCGCAACCGGGUCGUUCGCCGCCGGCAGCCUGCUUGGACCCGAUCUAGCUACCGACUUGUUCACCCGAAAAGCGUAUGCAGCUACAGCGACAAUGCCGAUGCCCGUCACAUUGCCCGAAAGCGUCGCUCUGCCCACCAUCGACGCUAAACCAAUGGCCCCCUCCCGUUCCUCUCAGAUCAUGCAAUUCGGCUAUCCGGGCUUCGACAAUGUGCGCACGUUCGAGGACUUUGUCCUCUCCUACGACCGCAAGACGCGAACAGCCCACUGGGUCUGCGAACACUUGAGCCCUGACCGUAUGGUUUAUGACCCGAAAGUCGACCGCUCGAAGAGCGAGUUCAAACCCGACACGUCUGUCCACGAAUACUUCCAGUCGAAAAAUGAAGACUACAAGGGCAGCGGCUACGACCGUGGCCAUCUCGCUGCUGCCGGCAACCACAGAAGAAGCCAAAACAGCGUCGAUCAAACAUUUCUUUUGUCAAACAUGAGCCCCCAGGUCGGGCGCGGCUUCAACCGCGACAAGUGGAACGAUGUGGAGAAGCAUGUGCGCACGCUGGCCAAGAAGAACCCGAACGUCUACGUCAUGACGGGCCCAUUGUACAUGCCGAGGAAGGAGAUUGACGGCAAUUUAUACGUGAAAUACAAGGUGAUCGGGAAGAACAACGUCGCCGUGCCGACCCAUUUCUUCAAGGUGGCGCUGAUUGAGACGGUCCCAGGCAGCUUUGAGCUCGAGGCAUAUGUGUUGCCAAAUGAGCCGAUACCCGACACAGUGCCGAUUGCCAGCUUCUUGGUACCACUUGAGAUGAUUGAGCGGGCGGCUGGGUUUUUGAUUUUCGAAAAGGUGCCGAAGGCCGCUAUCAAGAAGGUCAAUGGGAAGAAGGCAGGAGGAUUUUGG